UUCAGACUAGCGCUCGAAUGCCGUCGUGGGAGCCGUGCGCACGAAAAACUCCUUUAUAUAGUAUGUUCAACUUCAAGCUUCAUUAUGCGCGAACGAUCUUUCCGCGCUUUUAAACCAGUCUCUCGCGGGAUAUUUCGAGCGCACCGGGAUCGCACCUGGAAAUUCGAAAUACUCGCGUUGAUUGCGGCGUAUUGAAUCAAAGGGAUAAUCAAAACAUAAAAUGCUUGCCAUCCGGGGCGUGCCUCGCGACUAAAUACCAAAAUCCCGUCCGUCGCGUUCCACGAACAAUCGGCGAAAUUGCUUCAGAGCCGGGCGCCGCAUAGUCGUCAUUUCAAUCCGACCGCUCGCAUAACGCACUGAUUCCCCGCAUCUAUCCACUCGGUUCUAAAAAAUUCUGAUUCACCCGUAGGCGCCAUCGGCAUUGGACAGUACAGCGGAACGUUCGUCCACUCGAAGAAUCAAAACAUCAGCCGGUUCGAGUAGAUACAGCUCACUCGGUCGUGCGGUAUACGUGCACGUAUAGUCCCCCCGAGAACACGCAUUAGUCGGCGGGUGAGUCGAGAAAUAGAAGUCGUGGAGGGGAUACGGCCGGCUGCAUCGGGGGGACGAAAAAGAGACACACGGAGAAUGACGAAGCCUGAGAGUGUAAGGCGCUUGGUGGGAGAAGGGUCACGACGAUAGUAGGCCCGUGGCGCACAUGUAUUUCCAACCUCUUUCCCGCGUGUAGGCGUCGCUCGCACGCACAAAGAGAGAGAAAGAGAGGGAAAGAGAGCACGCGUUCGACUCACGACUCGUGCGUGCGUCUAUAUCGCGCGGCGGGCCGAUGAAAACCGAGCCUGCGUCCGUGUCUUUGGUUUUCGUUAGUUUCGCGUUAGCCGGCCGGGACGGCGCAUCGCAUCUUUCUCCUCUCCCGCGAGGAAAAGAUAAAACUGACGUUUUUAUUUCCGCGCGCGGUGCGGCCACGCGACAGUGAUACAUCGCGCCUCGAGACUCGCCGCGGGCAAACUUUGUCGCUGAUCCCGCGAGGCGCGGAUUUGCGCGAAAAUCUGCGGGGCAAAGUUGCGAGAACUCGCGCCCGCCGGCAAAUAAGACGGCUGGCAUUCAUCCGAGUGUCUGCAGUGUGUACGUUCGUUGCUCCUAUAAUACCGAUGUGAAAAGUGCGCACCGGCUUCAGUGGAUGCGUUUACGCAAGUGGCCUAUCGUUGAUUACACAUUGUGCUACGGUAUAAAUGUGCGAAUUUUCGUGAGCUCUGUAUCGUGUCGAACAUCGUUUAAAAGACGCUCGGCGGAGGUUUUCACGGAGAGAAGCAGCGGGACAAAGGCCUGCCUUGACUUCUUGGGAGGUCCGCGCCGGGCAAAAAAAAGAAGCUCCGCGGCGGCUCGUUUGGCAAUCAAAAGAGGGACGCAAUAACGAGAGCACGCACACGUGUGCGCGGCGAUCGACUUCGCAAAAGUGUCGGCUCUCAAAAGCAACUGCUACACCGCGGAUACACCAGUCCAGAGGCGUCGCAUUAGCUCUGCGCAGUUUAGCAAAAGAGUGGGCUAUACACAGCCGGUGAGUCGCCGAUCAAAAGAGCGUCGCGAGUGCCGGACGUGAAAAGCCGCGACGCUUGAAUGACACACACGCGCACACAUACACACUUUGCGUCGUUUAUUUUCCAGUGGCUUUUUUCACCCAGCUGGGCCCCGAUGAAGAGCAGCGGCUUGUUUGCGCAUCGGCCUCGAGGGUAAAAGCUGCGAAAGCGGCAAAAAACUCAGCGGAUCCGCUGAUGCCGGAGGCGAAGCGAGAUCGCCUGCGCUGCGGGACGAUUUGGCGGUCGAGUCGCGUACGACGACACAGGGCCACGUGUCAGCAGUGACACCUCUCUAAGGAUACGCGCAGCAGCUUGCACGCAGUCACACGUAUAUAACCAUCAGGGACGAGAUGCCGGGCUUCCAGAAGAAAAUGCAACGCACGUCGCGCUUGCUGUUUCUCUCGAGUCUGCUGACGCUGCUGACGGCUGCGGCCGGAAGGACCGGAGGUGUAGCCGACAGCCAGAACAAAGCUGCCAAGCAGAUAUGGGCGAUUCCAGGUGAAGACAUCGAGCUGCCCUGUGACCUGACGCCCAGUAAGAGAAACGACACGGUGAACAUGGUGUUGUGGUUCAAGGACGAUGGUGGAAUACCUCUAUACAAUUUGGACGCACGGAACGUCGGAGGAGACCUGUACAAAGCCGUUCAUUGGACCAUGAGCGGAAGCCUCGGAAAUCGAACGUAUUUCCAGGUAGACGAGGGGAACCUGGCCUCGGCCAGACUGAAAGUCAAAGCUGUCGCUUACGAGGACCAGGGAGUAUUCCGAUGCCGGGUCGACUUCGACAAGUCGCCUACCCACAACUUCCUCGUCAACCUCACGCUAAUAGAGCAGCCGACUAAGCCCGUAAUUUACGAUGCACAAGGCAGGGAAGUGACAGGAGUGGGUGGACCGUUUCUCGAAGGUUAUGACCUUCUCUUGACUUGUCAAGUAUCCGGUGGAAAGCCACGUCCGAGGGUGAGCUGGUGGCAAGGCGACGUACUGCUGGACGACGUUAUGGAGACGCCGCUGGUGAGCGGCUCGGCGAGCAAGUUUACGGAGAAUCGUUUAUUCAUCGGCCGAGUCACGAGAUCUUUAUGGGGCGCGAAGCUCGAGUGCCGAGCUGAAUCCAGCGCGCAGGAGAAAUCAAAGAUGGUCGUGAGGAAGGUGCCGCUGGACAUUUAUCUGAAGCCGGCCGUGGUGAACAUUGUCCUGGCCGAAGAUGAGAUUUACGCUGGCCGAGCGGUGAGCGCCCGCUGCGAGACUUGGGGAAGUUCCCCGGCGGCGCGCAUCGUCUGGCGACUGGCCGGCCUCGUUAUCCGCGAGUCCAGCCUAACGACCGAGCAGCGCAGCAACUUCACCGCCAGCAAGCUGGCCCUUGUCCUCGACAAGGACGACGACGGCAAGGAGCUGACCUGUCGCGCGGAAAAUCCACGCUUCCCCGGGGGAGUUCUUGAGAGAACCAAAGUCCUCAGGGUCCUUUACGGGCCGAGCGCCUCGGUCGAGCUGGCGAUCGGUUUCAACAUGGAAACCCUCAGGGAGGGCGACGACGUCAAGUUCGUCUGCAAUUACCGGAGUAAUCCAGAGCCAAGCAGCAUCGAGUGGUUCCAUAACAACAAGCGACUGGAGCACGACGUCGAAGCCGGAGUUCUCCUGGCUUCCAGCACUUUGACUCUGCGGGUACUGACACUGGCUCACAGCGGGGCUUACUCCUGCCUAGUGAGAAACUCCAUGGGCGAAAUUCGAAGCGAAGCCCUGGCCAUCCACAUGAAGUAUGCUCCCAGGUGCAGGCCAGGUCACGAACGGCAGGACGUGGUGGCGGCGCGCGACGAGCUGCUGAGGCUGCGAUGCGAAGUCGAGGCCGAUCCGCGCGACAGCAUGCGCUACUCGUGGACGAGGAACAGCAGUCUGGGCGACGUCUUCGCGGUGUCCCAUCCACGACCGUUGAGCAGCCAGCUGGAGUACCGACCGAGCGCCGACGAGGAUUUCGGCACGUUGGCCUGCUGGGCCAGCAACAGCGUCGGCCGGCAGAAAAGCCCUUGCAUAUUCAACGUUCUCCCAGCUAAACCGCCACAGAAGCCAGUGGACUGCAGCCUGCGCAACGAGAGCAGCGCCAUGGAGGUGAACUGCAUUCCGGGAGCGAACGGCGGACUACCUCAGCACUUCGUGAUCGAGGUCCACAGCAGCUCGGAGAGCUCGGGCCUGAUGCAGCAGAUCCCUCAGAGCGACCAGGGCGCAGCCGGGCAGGCAUCGGCAGCGAUGGCAACCUCAACGAGUCCGGCCGUCUACCAGGAUCGCAACGAGGAGCCGAGCUUCCAGCUCUAUGGCCUCAUGCCGGGCUACGACUACACGAUCGCGGUCUUCGCCGAAAACAGCCAGGGUCGAAGCCUGCCCGUGCUCAUCGAGAACAUCCGAGUGGCGGAGUUCAGUCAGAUUAGGAGGCCGACCGACAGCCACUUCCUUGGAGACCUGGCGAGCGUCCUACCGCAGCCGGCCAACGUCGAGACGGCCUUCAUUGUCAUCGGACUGAUAAUCGCAGUGGCGCUGAUUCUGGUGGGAAUCGGCGUUGCGAUAGGGCUGGUGAUUUGCCGCAGACGAGGAGCGAGUCAACCGGCGCAAGAGAGCCUCGACGACUUCACCACACCGACGUACAUCUCCGCUCAGAGGAUCGAGCCGAGGAUCAGAUACGGCUCCGAGAGGCGGAGAUCGCAGCGAACCAGUCUCUACAUGGAGGAGAGUCGAAACGAGCCGGAUUUGCUGCAGCAGGUCGACCUCGAUAUUCAGCACUGAAUCGGACUUGACGAGGAUUACAACUUUUUUACAAAGAAUGAAGGCUUCAUUGUACAGUUCAACGUCUGUGCGAUGCUGUACAGCAUCUGAACUGUUCUAUAAUCGAAGCCAGUACCUAACUAUGUAUAUAAGCACAAUUGUUGACCGGAGCUGCGUAUUUUGUACUUUUAAUCGUUGAUCUGUUUGUAAAAAUGAUCGAGUGUUUUAUAAAUAACCGGGAAAAGUUUAUCAGGCACUCGCCAACGUCAAUCGUUUAAAACUAUUGCCGUUGCAUUUGUUCUCCAUUCAUCAUGUGUAUUAUUUCACAAACUUUAGAAAUAAGUCAUCGUAUGCCUUUAUAGAUUUAAGCUGCAAUUGUAAAAUAACAUAUGAAAUAUACGAAAGGGCCGGGAUCACAAAUAUUAUAUAGAUGAAUCGAGAAUAAGCGAAAAAUAUUUUAUAGCAGAAGUUAUAUAACUUUCUAUCAAUACGGUUCGUAGCGUUAGAUUUAUUACGCUCGGUAUAAUCGAUCACUUCUAUUUUAUACAUGACUGGAGACGAUCGCCGCCGAAAAUCUAUUCGCGUUAGUGUCAGGAAAGAGGCCAAAUGUAGAGUUAUCUUCAUUGAACUUUCUACGGAAUCCGACAUGCAUUUUGUUCGAUAAUAGUAAGUCAGCAAUAUGUCGAAUUGAAUAUCGUUUACUCUAAGUUAUUAUUCCAAAGAACUUUGAAAACUCUUUUUGCAUUUUAUUUUUUGUGUAGCGUGUGAGUUGUGUAACUGUUUUACAGUUAAAAAAGGAAAAAGGCCGUAAAAAGGUACUAAAUUGCAUACUAACUCAGAGAUUACUGUAAAUACAAAAAAUUUUAUUGCGUUUUUCUCCAAGCGAAAAAAUAUCGAAAUAACAGAAAUUCGUUAUUCUAUUCAACGCUUAUUCAAUAAUUGAAAAAAUAUGCAAAAAUGGAAACUGCGAACGUUCCGUAACGAUAUCUGCGUGGAUUCCAUUACCAAGUCAUAAAUGUAAAUAUUUCGAUUCCGUUCUCACGCGCAGCGUUUUUGUUUGGAGUUUAUAAUCCACCGCACCGAUAAUAUCAUUUACUCGCUGCGUCCGAGACCUGCAAAAAUGUAAAUUACCGUCGCCAGAGGCCUUUAUAUGCAUGCGUAAGCACCGGGCUGCGCAACCAUUUGUUGCAUAAUUAUGUAAAAAAAAACGGACGAACGAACGCACAUAAAUGUGAGCUCGAGCUCGCUGAGAGCUUUUUUAUUGUACAAUAACGACUCUCGUAAUAAAACAAGUACCUUCAAUGAG